GCUGGGUUCGAAACCCUCUCUGGCCAAGGCUGGAGCAAGCGUCCUGCAGGGAACGUGGUCUCCUCAGUGCCCCGUGCCUUGCGAGACCUUUGGGUGCCUUGGUUAAUACCUUGGGUCUCAGUUUUGUCAUCUGGAAAAAGUGGGCAGAACUCUAAUGGUGGAGGGUUGUUGUCAGACUCAUUUAAAAAUACGUUUUCCAUCAUGAGCAAACCAACUUUCCUGGGGCAAAGGGGGGAUAUAGGAGAGGAGCCCGGGCUUUUACCAACUAUCUUUUGCUCCCACCCACCGAAGCUCCAAAUUGACCACAGAAAAGCUUUGAGAGAUUGCCUCUUCCCGGAGCCCUGACCUAAGCCUGCCAACCGCUUUAUUUUGCGGAUGGGAAAAUAAACUCAGAGAAGAAAGUGGCUUCUUUGGUUAAAUGAUAGCAUUAAGGACCUGUUUCUUAUCCUGUUCACAGCCCUGUUUAAAUCAAGCCUUCAGAUCCUUAAAUGAUUUUCUUCAUUCACAUGCAAGAACAGAAACACGUUUAAAGACAGCAUCUCUUUCUGUAGCUCCAGCUGCUUGGCUUGGAACUUGUUAUGUAGACCCAAUUGGCCUCUAACUUGCAGACAGAGGGUCUCACUAUGUAGCCUUGGCUACUCUGGAACUCACCGUGUAGAUCAGGAUGGCCUCGAAUUCAUAGAGAUCCACCCGCCGCUGCCUCUGAGUGCUGGACUUGAAGCUGUGGACGGACCACCGGCCUAAACUUGAUAAUUUCUGAUUUGAGUGUUAUGAGGGCUAAGCCUUUGACGAGAGUCACUUCCCAUCACUUGGCAUCUCAGUCUGAGUCUCAGUUGUCUUAAGACUUCGAUGGGAUGCAGGGAAGGAAGAAGGUGAUAGAGACCCUCACUGUGUGCCAGGACUUGGGAGUACUUUGAAGAAGUUUGAUGAGAACCUGCACGUGCCGCAGACCCAUAGGGACUGAGUGUUGCUAUACUGGGACCCACCUUUCCAGAUUUGGCAAGAAAUGUGAACCGGAACAUCAGCAGCCUGUCUUUCAUCUUUGUGGGCCGGGCCUCAGGAUACUUAGGUGGCUCUAUGAUCGGAGGACUUCUUUUUGGGUGCAUUAAUCACUUUUUACUCUUGGGGGUGUCACUUUCUGCUACCACAGUUGGUCUAUAUCUUACUCCAUUCUGCAGGACAGCAGUCUUGCUGGUUGUCAUGAUGUCUGUCUUCGGUAUUUCUAUGGGCAUUCUGGAUACAGGUGGGAACGUCCUCAUCUUGGAUCUUUGGGGAGACAAAGGAGCCCCACACAUGCAGGCCUUGCACUUCAGUUUUGCCUUGGGUGCCUUCCUGGCUCCCCUGCUGGCUAAAUUGGCCUGGGGUACAACAGCAUCCACUCAGAACCUCACAGAGUCUGACUUAGACCCUCUAAUGCUGAACCGAUCCUCUGAAGCCAGCCCAGACUCUCUGUUUGCGGUACCCGAGGACAUGAAUCUGCUGUGGACGUACGCUUCCAUCGGCACCUAUGUCCUAGUAGUUUCUGUCUUUCUGUUUGGUCUGUUUUGUAAGAAACGCUCAAGGCAGGAAAAAGCUACAAUAUCUGCCCAGGAAGCUCGAAGAGCGAAGUAUCACAGGGCCUUGCUUUGUCUCCUCUUCAUCUUCUUCUUCUUUUAUGUUGGAGCCGAGGUGACCUAUGGCUCUUAUGUAUUUUCCUUUGCCACCACCCAUGUUGGCAUGAAAGAAACUGAAGCAGCCGGUUUGAACUCCGUCUUCUGGGGGGCCUUCGCAGCCUGCAGGGGCCUGGCCAUCUUCUUUGCAACAUUCUUACAGCCUGGAACCAUGAUUGUGUUGUGCAACAUUGGCAGCCUUGCUUCAUCUUUGUUUCUAGUGCUUUUUGACAAGAGCCCCCUCUGCCUCUGGAUCUCGACUGCUGUGUAUGGAGCCUCGAUGGCAGCCACAUUUCCCAGUGGCAUUUCCUGGAUUGAGCAGUACACCACCUUAACUGGGAAGUCUGCAGCAUUCUUUGUGAUUGGUGCUGCUCUGGGGGAAAUGGCGAUUCCUGCAGUCAUCGGAAUUCUUCAGGGACUCUACCCAGAUCUGCCAGUGGUUCUGUACACGGGUCUGGGGUCAGCCCUCUUCACUGGAGUUCUUUUUCCUGUGAUGUAUAAAUUGGCCACCUUACCCCUGGAACACCAGCGCAAAGGCAGGAAGAGUGAAGACCAGAGAGCUUUGCUUUCCAGCUCUGAGCUCAAUGACUGUGACGAAGAGAAUGAAGAGGACGAUGCAGAAAAAUGGAACGAAAUGGAUUUUGAAGUGGUUGAAACGAGUGACCCAAUGAGGGAGUCUCUAAGGGACCCAUCUAGAAAGGUCCUGAUGGAGCCCACCCCUGAGGCUUCCGGUCAGUACCUCUCAGAUGGGUACUUUUCAGUCAACAGCAGCAGUUCUCUUGUGCGCCACCAGGAGAAGAGGGACUGACAGACAGAGGUGACUUUCUGAACGGCUUCAUCGUAACUUACGUAAUGGCCACUCCUGAGGGCACCGCUCAGAGCGGGCUUUCAGAGUUCUUUGGCGAUGGAAGUUUGUGUGCGUUCACAGCAAGCGCUGAAACGAUUUGAGGUGCUUGCUGUAGGCGCCUCAAGAGUCCUCGGUACACCAUGGCUCUUGCCAGGAGACCGUUUCCUGGCCUCCACCACUCAGAAGGCAUUUCCGUGUGUAGAGCCGGGUAGCGCGCCGGUAGUUACAUGGUAGGACAGUGGAGCUACUGGGCUGAGCAAACGAUCUUACGUUUGUAUUCUGCCGGGGGCUUGUGGAGAACGGUCACAUGAAAGAGCCGACUUUGGAAACAGAGAUAGUUUUCUCAUUUUACUCCCUGUGUAGGGUUGAGUUGGAAAGGACUGCUGAUCAACUAUUUCUAUGAGAACACGGUAGGCCAUGGUUUCUAGAUCAAUUAUCUAGCUUCCUCCCUGACUUCAUGUUGAGCUUUGACACAAGUCUGGCUUAUUUAGUCUGCUGUGAUUCUAGAAAUGCAAAGGAGAUUAUUUUCAAAUGUUAGGGUUUGGGUUUACUUUGUUUCUUGAGUCUUAACUUUAUAGUCCAGGCCGGCCUGGAAUUUAUUAAUUAGCCCUCCUGAAUUUUGUCCUAGAGGCGUGGGUCACCAUGCACGGUGAAACGUGUAAGUUUUAAAGUUGUAUAAUAUUUUUGCUAAAGUAGCCCAUUCAUUUCAGGAGUCAUGUGAAGCAGCACGUCUGGUCAGCCUUCUGAACGCGCUCAGCUGCGGCUUGUGAAGUCACAGUUUAGCAAGCCGUUUGGUAGCUUUGGUAGCGCUGCUGCAUCUGUUGAUUGCCAACACGCCCCUUUCCCUCAGGCUGAAGGACUGUCACUUAAGUGUUCUAGUAAAUUCUCUUCUUGUUUCCCAUGCACUUAAGAACACUUUUUCCUCAAUCAUGGUAUGGUGUUCCAUGCAGUACAGCAGUUCACUGCAUUUCAGAGAUUAUGGUAUUUUUGCUGACACUUUAAAAGAGAGAGGUUAUUUUUAUAUAUGAUUCUAUAUCAUGUUCAGAGAGGAUCUGGAGACAUUCUUUUGAUUUUAUGUAAUUAUUUUAUUCUUUUUGCUUUUACUUUUUUCCCAGUGCGGGUGACUGAACGAACACAGGGCCUUGCCCCUGCUAAGCAAGUGCUCCACCACUGAGCUAAGUUCCCAGUGUCUUAGGUUCAAUUAUAGAAGCUAUUUUGGAGUUACUACGUUAGCAGAAGUGGUGUGAAUGGGUCCUUUGGUGCCCAUAGCCUCCCUCAGUAACAGAGCCUGGGGCUGGGCCUUGCUGUUUUAGAAUUUGACUCCCACUGGGUUAGGGUAUUAAUCACAUUUGUACUGUAAACCAGGCUAAAAGUUUAGUUUACAAAUGAGUCACUAUCUUCUUUGGUGACCGGAGAUCCUGUGUCCCCCACUCCAGGGGUUUGAAGUAUCUGGAAACCAAACUAAGGAUGAGAAGAUAGUGUGGUGGCCUAGGGAGUCAGGGAUGCGGGACAGAACGGGCCAUCCUUUGGUAAAUGGCUUUUACUUCUCAGGUUUUAUGCGGAGUGACAAUGAAUUGCUAUCUGGCUGCAAUGUGUUUGCUAUCUCUUACCAGAUUUUAAGAACUUGCUUUUUUUUAAAGUGCUUUGUUUUUUAUUAAGUGAAAUGUAACACCUUCUUUUAAAAAAAGAUUAAAUUUUUUUUUCUGUGUGUGACUUU